AUGGAAAACAACAUUGGAAAAAACGACGGCGAGAAGAAUAAUAUGGUCUUACCGUUUGACGUUUACGGAUCAGCCGCCGAGUACAGUAAUUAUAAUAGCUGUUCAAGUGUUUUCGACGGCGACCACCGUGAGUACUCAACGGAAACUUCGAAAUUCACUUCAAAAUCGACUGCGAUAACAGUUAACUCGUCGAAAUCGAACGGCACUAAUGCACGGGACGAGGACGACGAAGAAAAUUUUAUAAAGAUUUAUUUCACUUCUGGCACCGUGUUGAAACCGACCCAACGACCUUAUGACUUGCGGUUGAAAAUGGAUCAAGCCAACAGACAACUGCAAAUCGACACCGACCAAGUGCUACCGGCCAGCGUAUCGUCAAGAGUCAAAUUCGAUAACACCGUAGUGGUUUUGGACAGCUUCGACGACAUAGGCACUGUGUCGGUGGGCACGGAGAGGCUUCACGGUUCCGACACGGGUUUCGAGGGAGCCGGCGAAGAAAACGGAACGGUCGUGGCCAAAGUGGACUUGGUGCCUGGUGCCGAGGAAGACGACCAAAACGACGUGGUCGUCCGCCAGACCUCGGACAAACAGACCACGGACCUCCAACAACAACAUGGCUGCACUGACGCGGAUGACAAGGCGCUGAUGUCGAGCGCGUCGUUUAGUCGGAGCUUCUCGUCCGACUCGGACGAUCCGCCGCCGUUCGUCAACAUGAUCGAGUCCGGCGACGAAUUCGAAACGAUCAUGAACAAGACCAAGGGCGGCGGCGGCAACAGCCAAGGGGGGCCGGCCAUCGACGAACAAGUGGCGUACUUUCCGGAACUGUUCACGCACUCGCAGUACAAACUGUACGACAACGGCUCGGCGGACGGCGGCAAGACGACGGACGACGCGGAAGUGAACAUAUACGUGCCGAAAAAGUUGGACGCCGAAGAACUGAGGAACAGGUUGAAGGACGUGAGCAAGGAACGGCGGCGACGGAAACCGGCAGAGCCGGCGGGCAAAAAGAACCACGGCCCCAGAAAGUCGGCGGCCAAGAAGCCCGAUCCCGGUAGGCCGCCGCCGCCGCCGUGCGCGCCACCGUGCGACGGCAAGCAGUCGACGAAAUCCGCCAAGUUUUUCCACAUCAACCUGAAGGCGGCAAAGGACGGCGACGGAGCCACCGCCGACAAGACGGGCGCAAGCUGCAAGAUCCAGCGGCCGGCGAAAACGCCAAACGCCGAUCUGUUUUUGGAGUUCCACACCGACAACGCGGGCAACAAGGGCGCCAAGUUGGUGAUUAAAAAAAAACCGACAGACUGCGCCAAGCAACAAGCACAGGCGUCGGCCAGUGGCGGCAGUGAACGGUCCAGACUGCCGGGAUACAACGGUCUCAGGUCGGAGUACGGUCUGUCCGCCGAACAGUUAUUGGAGAGACGUAGAUUGAAAAUGGAUCGCGAACGUCGGAGGAAGGAGGCGCGGCAAAAAAGAACCGAAGAAGAACAAAGGAGGCGGGCGGAAAACGAGAAAAUUUUUUACAAGUGGCUCCAACAAAAGAGACAGCAGAAAAAACAGGUCAAGGCCAGGCACAGUUAUCCAAUGAGCAGACUUACAGUUUCCUCGGCAAGGACGUCCAUCAAAUCCUUCGACAACGGCAACUACAGAAAAGGAUCGUUCGCAUUGGAAGAAUUGCUGAAGAUGAAAGACGACCAAAGUGGGUGGUUUAAGUUGUGAAGAAAUUUUUUAAUUUUAUUUGAACGAUGAUAGUCACAUUAGCAGCUGCUGUUUUGGAAUUUAUAUAUACUAUAGGUUCAAUGUGGCAGAGUAGUAUAAUGCUGUUUGGAUAAUUGUAUUAAUUAUUGUAAUAUCAUAGCAGUAGUUAUCCGGUCGUUUGACUUUCGAUAUAGAAAUCAGUUGGUCAGUUUUUUUAGACCUAGAAACCAUUCUAAAUGCAAUUAUACGAUUAUAGCAUAAUAAUAAGUAGAAAUUGUAUUGUUGAACAGCAUUAUUUUGGUCGUUUUCCUUCAAAU